UGGAUUCCUAAAGCUCUCUGGGAAGGGGGAGCUGAUGGCCAAGGCGAGACUACGAAUCCCAGCAAGCAGUGCGCGACGUGGGGACGCAGGAGGAGGAGUCCGGAGCUGCCGCCACCGGGGAGCCAGGCAGCAAACACCUGCUCUGAGUGGCCAUGGGGAAGCGAUACUUCUGUGACUACUGCGACCGCUCCUUCCAGGACAACCUCCACAACCGCAAGAAGCACCUGAACGGGCUGCAGCACCUCAAGGCCAAGAAGGUCUGGUACGACAUGUUCCGAGAUGCAGCUGCCAUCUUGCUGGAUGAGCAGAACAAGCGGCCCUGCAGGAAGUUUCUACUGACAGGCCAGUGCGACUUUGGCUCCAACUGCAGAUUUUCCCACAUGUCAGAGCGAGACCUGCAGGAGCUGAGCAUCCAGGUGGAGGAGGAGAGGCGAGCCAGGGAGUGGCUGCUAGAUGCUCCCGAGCUCCCCGAGGGCCAUCUGGAGGACUGGCUGGAGAAGAGAGCCAAGCGGCUGAGCUCAGCCCCAAGCAGCAGGGCUGAACCCAUCAGAACCACUGUCUUCCAGUACCCCGUGGGCUGGCCACCAGUCCAAGAGCUGCCCCCAUCCCUGCGGGCACCCCCACCUGGGGGGUGGCCCCUGCAGCCCAGAGUCCAGUGGGGCUGAGCCCCUUGCCCCCGACUGACCCCCACGUGGUCACUUUUCUCAUCAGUCACAAGCAGGAAGCCAAGCCCUGUUCCUGUGACGCCCCAUGGAGGCUCUGAGACCAUCUGUUGGCCUCACGGAGGCUCAGGACACGGCCGCAGCAAGGGUAGCCCUGGGUCUGCACCGGGCAGCUCCUGCCCACUCUCCUCCACCUGCCUCCUCCUCCUUAUCAAGAUGGGGCAGAAAACUUCCAGAUGUUUAUAAAGAAAGUCUGUCACCACAGCGGUCUGGCUGUGUUUCCCCA